AUGGGCUAUGGAAGUAACAGAAUUAAGCUAGCUCCAAGAACGCUGCUCCAAGAAGAUGCGGACUUCUUGAAAACUCUCCUUGAGUUUUUUAUGGAUCCGUUCCAGUUUCACCCUCUUCCUGAGUUGGCUGUGUCCCACCGUGCGCCAAAAACUAAAGAUGGAGAGCUUUUCUUUCAGUUCUCCAAGGAGGAAAUAUUUCGGUCGGCUGAACCUUUCAGGGUCUCGAUUGUUUUGAAGUUCCUCCGCAAUAGGCCUUCAUUGGAUGCUAUCAGGAUCUUCAUUCGAAAUCGAUGGAAUCUUGAAGGUGUUCAAGUGGUUUCGACCAUGUGGCGUCCCAGAAAUGUUUUUGUACGCAUGGCUUCAGAGGAGGAUUGUAUGAGAGCACUGUCUAGGGAAGCUUGCGAUAUUGACGGGAUCCCAUAUCGUGCUUUCCAUUGGACACCAAAUUUUAAGGAGCAGGAAGAACCAUCUAUUGUUCCGAUUUGGAUUGAAUUACCAGGUUUGCCUCCUAACUUUUAUCAUGAAUCUUUUCUUAAAAUUUUAACAGCCCCGAUAGGUAGAUUUAUUAGGCGUGAUAAUCCAAUGCGGUGUGCGACUCGCACUGAUGGUGCGCGUAUUUGUGUGGAGAUGGAUGCUGCCAUUGAGCCUCUUUCUCAUUUUUGGUUUGGGACGCCUGGGUUGGGGUCUAGCCGUAAGCAAGAUAUUGUGUAUGAAACAUUGCCCGCGUUCUGUUCUAAAUGCAAAAUUCAGGGGCAUAAUGUACGCACUUGUAGAGCUAGGAAAAAGAGACUAGAAAAUCGAUCUUGGGUUCAGCAACAAGAAACUGUUGUUGAAGACCAAGAACCCGUUGCUGAAGAGCCGAAAGAACCUGUUAUAGUAGAAUCUAGGGUUGAAGAUCAAACAAAGUUGGUUCAGGAACCCAAAGAGUUAACGUUUCCUUCAGUUACUGCGGAAAAAGAAACUGCAGAAAAUAUUACUUCAGAGAUUAAUCUGGAUUCUGUAGAGGCGAGGCAGAAUAAGGCAAGAUUGGAAAGGGUUGAUGUACUGCAGGAUUCAGUUACUCUGCUACGGGAGGCGGAGGUGGCUACGGAAGCUUUAGUUGGGGAUGUUUCUUUUAAUGAUUCGGAGGUGUAUACAGAGCAGAGGGUUGAUGACCAAAUGCAAAAGGAUGUUGUCUGUCUGGAAGAAGGGUCUCUCUCAGAUCCGGAGCCUGAUAUACAUGUUGACGUUUUUCCGCAGGACAAGGACUAUCAUACGGAAAUAGAGGAAGAAGCUGGAAAGAGGAAGGGACUUGGAACUUCUGUGGGACGUUUAAAGAGUUUGAUUAGUAAGUUUAAACCGAAGAUGGUAGUUUUGUUGGAGCCUUUCCAGAGUCUUGAUAAAGCUCAUUAUUACAUGCGGGCUCUUCAAUUUGAUAAUGUAAUAUAUAAUGAUGAAGUUGGUGGGAAAAUAUGGGUCUUGUGGAUGAAUGAUCUAGCGGUGAAUGUUAUUCGGAUGACAUCGCAGUUCUUAUCUUUAAGUAUAGCGGAGGGUGAUUUUCAGUUUUUGGGUAACUUUAUUUAUGCAAAAUGUAAUAUGAUGGAUAGGCAAAUUUUAUGGGAGGAGUUGAGGUGGAAUAAUCUGAGUGAGGAUCCUUGUUUGUUUGCUGAAGAUUUUAAUAUUAUUCGUUCGGAUUUGGAAAGAAGGGGUGGUAGAUCAAGGCCAAUAGCUGCUAUGGAUGAUUUUAAUAAAUGGAUUCAUGAGGGUUGUUUGAUUGAUUUAAACUCACUUGGUAGUAAGUUCUCUUGGUGUAAUGGUCAGCGUGGAUUAGCUAGAGCUUGGGCUAAACUGGACCGUGUUUUACUUGAUGCGAAUUUAAUGUCUAUUGUCCCUAAUGUGACUUGUUCGUAUUUGCCGAGGAUGACUUCGGAUCAUUGUCCCAUGCUAAUAGAAUUCCUUAAAGAUCCUUAUUCCUAUGGCCCUUGUCCAUUUCGUUUUCAGCAAAUGUGGGUUGAGCAUCCAGAGUUUAUAGAUUUUGUUAAGAGUGUGUGUUCUGUUCCGGUGGUUGGGACGGGGCUUCUUAAACUUGCUAGUAGGCUUAAAAGGGUUAAGGUGGCUCUUCGUGAAUGGAAUAAGCAAGUGUUUGGAAGGACCAAUGCUCAUAUUGCAUCUCUGGAAGUGAAGGUUGAGGGGCUUGAAGGGAGUCUGCAAAGAGAAUGGGAUAUAGAUGCCGAGAGGGAGCUUGUGGUGGCUUCUGCUGAGUUGUCCUCUUGGAGACGUAGGGAAGAUAUCAUAUUAGCUCAAAUGGCAAAAAUAAAAUGGAAUAUGGAAGGUGAUAGGAACUCUAAAUUCUUUCAUGUGUGGUUAGCUAAUAAAAGACGUAAAAGAAUCCAAGGAAUGAGAACUCCGGAUGGGAUUGAGUUUAAUUCAUCGGAAGAAAUUCAUAAUGGUGUCGUUGAUUAUUUCGCGGAUUUCCUUAAAAAUACUAAUCAGUUAAGAGCACUUCCAGAUUUAUCACAUUUGAUCUCGCCGGCUAUUGAAGAAGUGGAUUGUACCCACCUUUGUUGUAUUCCUUCCUUGGAAGAAGUCAAGGAGGCUCUCUCUUCUAUUCCUAUAAACAGUUCCCCUGAGCCAGAUGGUUUUGGAGCAGGUGCCCCAAUCUAUUAUUAA